AGCGGCGGCGGCGGCGGAGGCGGUGAGCGCGGGCGGCGCGGACGGCGGCGGUUGGCGGGCGGGUCCUCCGCCGUUGGGGCCGCUGCGGCCUCCUUGCCCGGGCUCGGGGCUCCGCGCUGGGGAACGCCGGGGGCCCGGGCACAUCGGCGUCAGACCUGGGAGUACUUUGUGCCAAAUCAUUGCCACUUGCUACAUGAGUGUAAAUGAUGGCGGAUGCCAAGUAUGUCCUCUGCCGAUGGGAAAAGCGGUUAUGGCCUGCAAAGGUUUUGGCCCGAACUGAGACUUCAACAAAAAAUAAGAGAAAAAAGGAGUAUUUUCUAGAUGUUCAAAUCCUCUCCCUAGAGGAAAAGAUUAAGGUGAAAAGCACCGAAGUUGAGAUCCUAGAGAAGUCUCAAAUUGAAGCCAUUGCCUCCUCGUUAGCCUCGCAGAGUGAGGUUCCUGCGGCACCCCUGGAAGAACUGGCCUACAGACGGUCACUUCGCGUGGCUCUGGAUGUUCUGAGCGAGGGGCCCAUUUGGAGUCAAGAAAGCUCCCCAGGGACAGGCAGAGCCGACCAGUCUCUGCGAGAGAAGCCCACUGAACACGUUUCCUCGCCCUGUGAUUCCAACUUCUCAUCUAUUCCCCGUGGAGAUGUGUUGGGCAGUUCCGGACCUCACAGGAGGAGGCAAUGCGUGCAACAAAGCCUGUCAAGUUCGUUCACUUGUGAAAAAGACCCCGAGUGUAAAGCGGACCACAAGAAGGGGCUCAGGAAAAGUGAAAACCCAAGAGGCCUGUCGGUCCUCUCAGCUGGAGGUGGUGCUCAGGAUGAGAGCGGGUCCAGAAUCCACCGCAAAAAUUGGACUCUUGCAAGUAAGAGGGGAAGAAACUCAGUGCAGAAGUCUAGUUUGUGCCGGAAUGGAUCUUCCCUUUCAGAGGGCGACGUGGAGAGAGACAUGGGGAGCAAGGGAGGCAGCUGGGCAGCCCCGUCCUCGCCUUCCGGGGUCAGGGAGGACGAUCCCUGUGCCAACGCUGAGGGACGCGACCCCGGUCUGCCGUUGGGCAGCCUCACUGUGCUCCCAGCCCCUGAGCCCUCAGCCUGCUCAGAGCCCAGAGAACGCCCUGCGAAGAAGAGGCUGCGCCUGGAUGGCAGCCAGAGGCCGCCUGCCGCACAGCUGGAGCCCAGGGCAGCAGGAGACGCACCAGCCCCCGGCCCGGGGCCCAGAGAGUCUAUGACCCUGCGCAGCACCACCAGGCUCGGCCCGCCUCCCUCCCACGCCUCUGUGGAUGAAACCAGACGUCCUCCUUGCCCGGAUUCCCAGAAGCUGGAGGAAGACUGCCAGUCUUCCGAAGCAUCCAUGGGGCCUAAUUCCGUGCGUUCUGUCCUGGAGGAAGACGAGGAAGACGAGGAGCCACCAAGAGUCCUUUUAUACCAUGAACCACGUUCGUUUGAAGUAGGAAUGCUAGUCUGGCUUAAAUAUAAAAAAUACCCCUUCUGGCCAGCAGUGGUCAAAAGCGUCAGGCAGAGAGAUAAGAAAGCAAGUGUGGUCUACAUCGAAGGACAAAUGAACCCGAAAAGGAAAGGUUUCACAGUGUCUCUUAAAAGUUUAAAGCACUUUGAUUGUAAAGAGAAACAGACACUUCUGAACCAAGCCAGGGUGGACUUCGACCAGGCCAUUGGUUGGUGCAUCUCCCUCAUCACUGACUACAGGGUCCGGUUAGGCUGCGGGUCUUUUGCUGGCUCUUUCCUGGAAUAUUACGCGGCUGAUAUAAGCUCUCCUGUCCGAAAAUCCAUCCAGCAGGACGCCCCGGGGACCAGGUUUCCUCAACUGAGCAAGGGGAGCCCUGAGGAGCCUGUGGUGGGGCGCCCCCUGGGGCAGAGGCAGCCCUGCCGGAAAGUGCUCCCCGACCGCUCGCGGGCCGCCCGGGACCGGGCCAACCAGAAGCUGGUGGAGUACAUCGUGAAGGCCAAGGGCGCGGAGAGCCACCUGCGGGCCAUCCUGAAGAGCAGGAAGCCGUCUCGCUGGCUGCAGACCUUCCUGAGCUCCAGCCAGUACGUGACCUGCGUGGAGACCUACCUGGAGGACGAGGGGCAGCUGGACCUGGUGGUGAAGUACUUGCAGGGCGUCUACCAGGAGGUGGGCGCCAAGGUGCUCCGGCGCACCAACGGUGACCGGAUCCGGUUCAUUCUGGACGUGCUUCUGCCCGAGGCUAUCAUCUGUGCGAUCUCUGCAGUGGACGAGGUGGACUACAAGACGGCCGAGGAGAAGUACAUCAAGGGGCCUUCGCUGAGCUACCGGGAAAAAGAAAUAUUUGACAACCAGCUCCUUGAAGAGCGGAAACGGCGCCGUUGGUGAUGGAGCGGCCAGCUGUGCUGUCAGCGGGGCUGGCGGUGGGAGCGCCUCCAGUAUGCAUGAGCGUGUCUGAAGAUGGGGGGCUCAGGGGCACAUUUGCGUUUGGGCCUGUCUGUGCAUUCUGCAUGGCUGUCCUGAUUUCCAUACUUCUGGAGAACCCAUUUUGUUAACAUUGAAAGCCAGUUCUCUUUCCCUGGCAAUUUUUUUUCAUUUUAUUUUUGGCAUUUUUUUCAAGACACCGUUCCGGAAAGGCUUUUGAAAGGACAGAAGCGUGUUCACUGUGCAUCAGUACUCGUGACUGUGCUAUGGUUUCUCCCGACGUACACAUUGAUCUUGUCUGUGGCAUCUGAUAUUAAACGGGAGGUUUUAAGCAUCUGCCGUGAUGAUGGAGCUUCGGAAGCGGGAAUAGUUCUUCCGGGUUUGUCGUUUUGUCUGUUUCCCCCUCGUGUGGUUUCUGCCUGCGACAGUUCCAGAAUUUGCUCUGCCACUCAGUGUGCUUUGCAGCUGUGAGGAAACAGCCUUCGUUAGAGGCGGGAGCUGAGACGAGCCGCUGCUCUGUGUCGUGUUUGCUGUGGCUGCAGGGAGAGGAGCGGGACACGCACCUUUCCAGGGGCCUCUGUGCUCCGCACUGUGGGUGAGUGGACCACAGCGCACAGCCACAUGCCCUGGCUGCUGUGGGCUGGACCACCUCCACCUCCCCCGCCCGUCCGCCUGGCCUGAGUGAGUUUUCCUGCGUUGUGUCGUCACCGCAUGGCCAGUCACCGUGGUCAUCGGCCUGGAUGGCUGUGCUGGCCGCAGCAGUCAGGGUCACUGUGGGAGCCCUGGGGUCGAGUGAGAAGAAGGCCUUGUCCUGUGCCCCACCAUCGCGGAAGUGCAGCCUUUGUAUGGAAGCCCAACUGCGCUCCUGUCUGGAGAAACGGCUUCCAGGCUGUGGCUGCUAGGUCGGCUCUGGUCCACAGCAUAGUGCCGGGCGGUGCCGGGUCUGCAGGUUGUUGAAGGCUGUGACUCGGUGGGGCUCAGCCAGGCUCCAGCAGGGUCCCAUGUGCUGUUAAGAGCAAAGCCACAGACGAUGAAGGGUCCAUUCUCAGCCGAUGCUCUCCCGGCUGCGCCUGGACGGCAGUGCUGGUGAACUUCCCAGGGUUCCAGGGCCCGGUGGCCUGGGGGCUGCUUUCUCCCCACUAGGUGGGCUGCAUCUGGCCCUGGCUGGAGGCCUUACUUUGAGGGGCCAUGACCCUCUUCCCCCAGGCCCUCACCAGCUGACCACAGCCACCGGAGAGGAGAUCAGAACACGAUUGUCUCGGGGUGCAGGGCGCUGAGCAGGACGAAGCCUCAAGGACUCUCGUAUUGGGUCCUUGGGACUCGGGAAGUGCCAGAAGGGGCGGCUGCUCUGGGACUCGGUGUUCACUGGAUUUUGUUUCACCUGAUUCUGCUCAAAUCCGAGAGCAGGAAAUCCGGCCCUGGCCUGGCAGCUCUGCCUCCUAUGCCCGCACGCUGGGGUCUGUCUUGUCGGGAGCAGUGGGGCAGACCUCUGAGGAGGCGGGGGUCAGGGGCGUUGGCCCUGGCCCCCUGCUGGUCGCUCUUUCAGGGACAAGAAGCAGCCAGUACCACCGCCUGAGGAGGGGCUCAGCAGCAUUGCGUGUAUGGGCCUCGUGCUGUCUCGUGGAAAAUCCCCCCAGCCGCCCUCCAUGGUGGGUUCCUGAGGGUAGGACAUGUCACCAUGGUUUUGUGGGAACCACGCCUCCCCCUGCUGGAAUUUUUCUGCUGUUGUGAAGUAGUUUUAUCCAUUUGUUUCUCUGCUGACCUUGCCAAGUUGUUUGAGGUGGAAUUAAACACCUCCCAGAC